CGCUAACAGACAAUAGAGUUAGUUGAGUUUCCUGAUCAAUUGUGGUGAAUUGUGUGACGCGUCGGGACAGAUGAUUUAAAAUAUUUUCAAGUGCUUUAAUUGAACAAUUUUUAGUGACUUCUUUGAACAAAGACAAAAGUGUGUAAAAAUGGCACAGAGAUCUGUUGUUUCUGUUGCGUGUAGAUAAGUGUAAAUCAAACAGUGAAUCGACUUUGUUGUAGCCGUUCUGCAAGAUUUAACGGCAUUUUUAUCCAUCACUGUUUCUUUGCAAUUGCAACUGUGCGUUAGUUAGUCUGCCUGACUAAAUAUGGAUUGGCAGCGUUCCUUAGCAGGCGCUGGGCAACUGUUGCUCUGUUUGCUCAUGUCAUUCACAUUGACGCAUGCCUGGAGCCUGGCUGCAACUGCCGUCCCUGCUGCACCUGCCUCCUCAGCUGCCUGGUCACCAGUUGUGGCAGCAAAGCCAGCGACGCCAUCGGUUGCCCGACAAAUAAAUCAAAUCUCGCCAUAUCUGGAUCUGGCGUUGUGUUCCAUACGUGCUGAGCCCUGGACUUGUGCCCGUCAACGUUCUGCGAGAAUUUUGGAUGUCUGGGAUGCUGAACUCUCGCUGCAAUGGCAAAAGUUGAAAGUUGAAGCAGAUCGACAGCUGAAUGCGACGAUCGAGAAGCGCGGCUACAGCGCCUCUGAGUUGCCCAUUGGUGAGAAACCAUCAACAUUGCUGAAGAAAAUCGAGAUUGGCACCAAAUAUAUGAAGGAGUAUUUGGCCGAGACCAUGGACGGUUUCCUUGGUCGUGAAUAUGAGUAUCUGCAGGCACCGAAAGCAACGUCCGAUGAUAGUGAAAAUGCCGACUAUGAUGAUGAGACGGAAGCGGAGGCGGAGGCGGAGGGGGAAACAGAUGCCGCAGACAGCGAGGAGAACGGUGAGGAGGAGGAGGAAACAGACGCUUCGGCUAGCGGAGAUGAGGACACAAGCGACGCUGAGGAGGAUGAAACGGAGGAUGAGCAGGAAAAUGAAAGUGUUUCAAUUGUGUCGCCGGCCAAUGUUGAAGCAACCGACGAUGAUGUGAAAAGUUCCGUUUUCAGCACCGAUACUGAGAAUGCAUCAGGUGCUGUAGAGUUCAUAGAACUAGAGGAGGGCGAGUCAGAUGCGCCGGGAGCUGUGAAGAAACCCGGUGGCGGUGGCAAGCGCAAGAAGAACAAGAAUAAGAAGAAGAAGAAGAAGGGCCAACAACAACAGCCAGCCACAUUGGUGGUGGUGCAGGCAGCGCCAGAGCACCACGAAGUGGAUUCCGGACAUGAAAGUGGCUCAUCAAUUGUUAGUCACGGCGGAGGUGGUGGACAUGGCGGUGGCAAGCCCUUCAAGCGGAAGCAGAAGCGUGGCAGAAGGAAGAAGAAGGGUCAACACGCGACAGCGCUGGUGCACGAUCACGAGGCGGACGAUCCCCUGGGUCUCGGACUGCUGGACGAGCUGGUCAGCAGCGGAGUCGGCGGAGGAAUACGCAAGCAUAAAUUCCCAACAAAUUAUGGUAGAAGUAACGGAGUUACCCGCGGUAAGAAGAAGAAGAAGAAGAAGGCUAUCGCUAAACUUGCGAUCAUUGGAAGCGUGAUAAAGGCCAAGAUUGAAUUGCUGCUGAAGAUACUGGGUGCUCAUUUGCAAAUCAAGUUCUUUGCCAUAGCUCUGAUUGGAUUGCUCAUUAACAUUGCCCGUUUCUGGAUAGAUGUCAAACGAGGCGGUACACCUGCCAAGGUUGUCUAUGUCGAACAUGCUCAUCAUCAGCACCAUUAUGAAGACCAUGGCGAGGAUUGGAACGAACAGGGUAGCUACUGGAAGCGUUCACUCCAAACCGAUCCCUCCAUCGAGGAUACGGAUUCAUCUACGGACAGCUAUCAAGUGAGGCCUCAAUUGCAGCGGGAUCAGCCCCAAGAUGCCCAUUAUCUGGCCUAUCGUAAUCAAUGGCAGUGAAUGUGCCUCAUGGAGCAUUCUGCAUAAAUCUAUUUAAUAUCGUAAUUUAUAUCGUAUUUAUUUGACUUAAUCUUACAUCGUAUUAUGACGCUGAUUAUUAAAUAAUCCCCCAUAUA